ACCCGCCCGCAUUAAUAUGCUGUCGUUGCGACGGAUAGCUGUGACCACAAGGAAUCUCCCGUUCUCCACAAUCCAGGGAAUCAGAUCCCUUACAACCAAAGCAUCCUACAACAACAUCCUUGUCGAAAAGCGGGGGAAAGUUGCCCUUCUUACAUUGAACCGGCCGAAGGCGCUCAAUGCUUUGAACAGCGAAUUGAUGAAUGAACUGCAAGAUGCUAUGAGCACCUUGGAUACCGACUCAGGCGUUGGGGCAUUCGUUCUCACAGGGAGCGAGAAAGCAUUUGCGGCAGGAGCGGAUAUCAAAGAGAUGUCUUCCAAGACCUUUGUUGACACUUACAAGGGGAAUUGGCUGUCUAACUGGGGCUCUAUCAGCCGACUCAGGAAGCCCAUCAUUGCUGCUGUGAACGGCUACGCUCUUGGCGGUGGAUGCGAAGUUGCCAUGAUGUGCGAUAUCAUCUAUGCGGGGGACAACGCUCGUUUUGGACAACCAGAAAUCACGAUAGGGACCAUUCCGGGAGGGGGAGGGACACAAAGACUUAUUCGUGCGAUCGGCAAAGCACGAGCCAUGGAGAUGAUCCUGACAGGAGAGCAGAUGACAGCAGAAGAGGCGUUGAGGUCUGGCCUCGUUGCCAAAGUGUUUCCAAAGGAGGAGACGGUUGCCAAGGCGAUCGAGACGGCCGAGAAGAUUUCUUCCUUCUCACAGAAUCACGUCAUUAUGGCAAAAGAGGCUGUGAAUCAGGCCUACGAGGUCGGACUACAGCAGGGACUGCUCUUCGAGCUCCGAUCGUUCUGGACUACUUUUGCCACGGAAGAUCAGAAGGAAGGGAUGGCUGCAUUCAUCGAGAAAAGGAAACCAAACUUUCGAGACCAGUAA